CGAGGAGCUACGGUAGUAGAUGCCUUAGAUACUCUGUACAUCAUGGAACUCGAGGAGGAAUUCCAAGAAGCUAAGAAGUGGGUGGAGAAGAGCUUUGACUUGAACGCGAACGGAGAAGCAUCUUUGUUUGAGGUGAACAUCCGCUAUAUUGGAGGACUGUUGGCCGCAUACUACUUAACUGGAGAAGAGGUGUUCAAGAGUAAAGCUCUGGAACUUGGAGAGAAACUUUUGCCAGCUUUUAACACCCCCACUGGUAUCCCACGUGGCGUCAUAAAUCUGGGCAGUGGCAUGAGUUGGAGUUGGGGUUGGGCAUCUGCCGGAAGCAGCAUCUUAGCAGAAUUUGGUACCUUGCACUUAGAAUUCCUGCAUCUCUCGGAGCUCUCUGGCAACCCGGUGUUUGCAGAAAAGGUGAUGAACAUCCGCAAAGUCCUGAACAGAGUUGAGAAGCCACAGGGCCUUUACCCCAACUUUCUCAGCCCGGUGACAGGGAACUGGGUGCAGCACCACGUCUCCAUUGGGGGGCUUGGGGACAGCUUUUAUGAAUAUCUCAUCAAGUCUUGGCUGAUGUCAGACAAGAAAGACUCUGAAGCUAAAAAGAUGUACGACGAUGCACUAGAGGCAAUAGAAAAGCAUUUGGUCAAAAAGUCUGCUGGAGGAUUGACCUACAUUGCUGAAUGGAGGGGUGGCAUCUUAGAUCACAAAAUGGGCCACUUGGCUUGCUUCUCUGGGGGCAUGAUAGCACUUGGAGCGGAACAUGCCGGAGAAGAGAGGAAGCAACAUUACGUGGAUCUCGCUGCAGAGAUAACAAACACAUGUCACGAGUCUUAUGCACGCUCAGAUACCAAACUCGGCCCCGAAGCCUUUCGCUUUGAUGCUGGAACUGAAGCCAUGGCAACCAGACUUAGCGAGCGCUACUACAUCCUACGUCCAGAAGUGGUAGAAAGCUACAUGUACAUGUGGCGACUGACACACGAUCCCAAGUACAGGCAGUGGGGCUGGGAGGUUGUGAAGGCCCUGGAAAAACAUUGUAGAGUAGAAGCUGGUUUUUCUGGCAUCAGAGAUGUUUACACCACAACCCCAACCCAUGACAACAUGCAACAGAGUUUUUUCCUCGCAGAGACUCUGAAGUACCUCUAUCUUCUGUUCUGUGAAGAUGACGUGCUGUCCCUGGACGACUGGGUGUUCAACACAGAGGCUCACCCCCUGCCAGUCAACCACACGAACUUUAAAGCAAGUGUGCAGUAGUGAGGCCAUUGCCCAGCACCCUGCUUCUGCAACGUCGGCGGGUUACUGCAUUUCCUUUCCAUUAAAGGAAUUCGCGUUGUUCCUAAAAUGGUAUUUUGGGGCACUAGUCCAAUUCCGGACAGUAUUAUAUUGGGAAGAUGAAACCACGUAAGCACCUUCUUUUCCUCUGUGAGGAGCUCUAUUAGCCUGAUAAUGAGAUGUUUAUUCUGGGCCAUAUUGUACACAGCUCAUAGACAUUCCUUUAUACAGAGAAUUUAUAUGAAAUCCACUGACUUUGCUUUAGAGUGGCCAAAGGACUGGAAGUUUGCCAUAAAAUAGAAUU